GGUUUAAAAAAAAAAAAAAGUCCUGUGUUGCCCUCGUGUAUCCGUCGUUGUUUUUUGAUAAAGGACUUAAAACACGUUGUUUAGUUUAAAAUGUCUGUUCCGACCACAAAUGGUUCACAACUACACUUCAGUCGUGGGUGUUUUAUUACCAUCAUGGCCGUGUUUCACACUUCUCGACCAGCAACGACUUUCAACGGCUUUAAACCGGUUCCCUGGGUGAGAUUUGGACGCAUCUUUCUUCAACAAGAUGGCCGCCGUGCGUGGUUUCUGUCUGUAUGAGCAGAGGAGAGUCAGCUCGGAGCCACUUGUUAAUGUGUCACAAUUACUCGUUCGUGUUUUUUUGUUUUUUUUAAUAUUGGAAGAAAUGAUUCUAUUCGAAUGAAGUCGACGCUAAAUGUUCUCUGGGGAGCUGGGAGAAAAGGCUGCUUCCUCGACCCUUUUGUCUUCGGUCUCCUAUGGACUCAAAGAAACUCCAUUUGUUGACUCCACCGUUCACGGAGAAGUUUCCCCGAUUCAUUUCAUCUCAGGAAUUGAAAAUGUCCCCUUUUGUGAUGGACUCUUCCUGUGGAAAACCUGGACGAUGCCUUUGGUCUGAUUUCCAAGCCCCUUUUAGGGAGUCACUUUACUGGCCCAGAGAGUUGCCAGACAAAUGGCAACACGACAUGUUUGAGGAGGACGCUGGUAUACGCAGAAGACCGACCGAAGUAGCUGAAAGAAGUGUAGAAAGCAGUGGCAAGCUGCUGGUUUCCAAUCUGGACUUUGGGGUCUCUGACUCAGAUCUGAAGGAGCUUUUUUCCGAGUUUGGGCCCCUAAAGAAAACGUCCGUACACUACGACCGCUCUGGCCGCAGUAAAGGAUCAGCAGAUGUCCACUUUGAAAAUAAGGCAGAUGCACUUAAAGCCAUGAAGCACUAUAAUGGUGUUCCCCUUGAUGGUCAGCCCAUGAAGAUCCAGCAAGUGUCCUCAGAGGCUGAUGUGUACAGUAGACCAUCAACACAAAGUGGUUUUGACCGGAGCAGACUCGGUCAACCCCGGUUUGAAAGGAGGGAACGUGGUGAACAGAGACAAGGUGGUGGUGGUGGUGGUGGUGGCGGCGGAUACAGAGGGCGAGGAAGAGGACGAGGAGCUGGAAACAGACCUCAACUCUCUGCAGAAGAGCUGGAUGCCCAGUUGGAUGCUUACAAUGCGAAGUUUCAGAUGGACACCAGUUAGGAGCUCAGAAGAUGCUGUCCCUGUUCAAUUUUUAAACAUUUUGGACAUAAAAAAAAACAAUCAGGUUAAACUGAUAUUGUGAAUCAGACCAUUUAACGUAUGGACCAUUAUGAUGUUUUAUUUUGUAGCAAAGUUUUCUGCAGCAGUUUUAUGGUUUUUGGGGGGUUUUUUUGGAGGGGGGGGGGCAUUAUUUGUCCACUGGCUCGUGUGCUCUUUUCCUCAUGUGUAGACAAGUACUGUGGACUUGCAGCAUUUUUAAAAAACAACUUAAAUCUGUGGCCUGGCGGCCUAUUUAAUGUACUGUUAAAAUAUUAAUGGACAUCAAUUCAGUCACUUGUACUGUAUAGUCAACAUUAUGAUGUAUCUGAAAGGAUUUUGUAUAUAAAACAUUAUACUGAACUGUCUCUCCUGUGUUUACUCUGAAGAGGACGUGGUGGGGAUGAUUUGAUAGUUUGGCUCCUGUAUGUGCGAGUUAAAUGUCAAUUUUCCAAAGUAAAAAAAAAACAUCCACUCAUGAUUAGGAAAGUACGGAGCCCUGGAGGCCACGACAUAUAGACACUUUACAGUGACAAAGAUGUUUAAUUUUAAUAAGAAAUGGCAAUAUUGUACUGUGUAAUUCAACGAAGUAUAAUACUUGUACUUUUACUCCUACAUUUCCUAAAUAAAUGGUGUACUUUCA